AGGUUUUUCAAUGGGAACUAUUCUACUCUUGACAAGUUUCAAUGUUACAUAACACAAUACCCCCUGCUGCUUACAAAAAAAGGUUAAACAAAGACCACUCUUCAUUAUGCAACUGCAGACAAAUACCCAUACUAAAAUGUUAUGAAGUGUUUUCCAUACCUGAUUUUUUUUAAAGCAGCAAAAUACUCCUUACAUAAUAGUUGCAUGCCAUCGUCUUAAAAGUUAUAAAUAUUGCCACACUUUAUUAAUUCUUUAAACCAUUUCAGUUUUUCCACACGUGUUGCUAUUGCUAGUCAGCUUGAGUUUCUGCCACCAAAAUAUUGUUUCGUGUUACGAAUUCAAGCACGGCCCGAUAACACAUCAAGUAGAUCAACUGAGAUUAUGACUAUUAUUAUUAUUGUUAUUAUUAUUACUACUAUUAAAGUGCGCCCGGGGUCUGUCUCCAAUAUGGUAGGUGAGUUGUUGUUUUUCAGCAGAGACAGCAUUGCCUGUUGUUAUGUCCUCUCAGUGCCUGUAGUGGUGCUGUAGGAGGCUGCUUGUAGUCUUGUAAAACCCCCCAGCAGCCCUGCCUUUUUUGCGGGAGAAUAUUAUUCAGGGAUCCCUGGCCGUUUAAUACCAAACCAAAAAUAAAAAAAGUCAUGAACGGAACUUUAGCCAGUUGCAGUUAGCACAUACACCGCGGUCACCACACACCCUUUCCAGUAGGGAUUUGUAGUCCUUCGGCCCGUUUUGUCGUAUUAGGAACCUACCGAGCUGUCGGAUACCGAGUGAAACAAGUAGCAGCUCAAGGUCACACGUGUACCAUGGAGAAACAAAUUUUUACAAGUUCAAUGCAAAAAAGAUUUUAGUUACAUCAAGAAAAGAACAGUGUUCUUCAGAGCUGAUGUUCACAAGGAGACAAGGCACGUGAUGUAUGAAGGUAAACACAUACACUUCUCUGAGGUGGAUAACAAGCCCUUAUGCUCAUACAGCCCUAAACUCUGCAAGCAGCGACGACUUAACGGUUACGCUUUCUGUAUUCGCCACGUUCUGGAGGAUAGGACUGCUCCUUUCAAACAAUGUGAAUAUGUUGCAAAAUAUAACAGCCAAAGGUGUACCAACCCUAUUCCUAAAGCUGAGGACCGCAGAUACUGCAACAGUCAUCUGCAAGUCCUUGGUUUUAUACCUAAGAAGGAGAGGAAAAAAAAGAAUGAUCAGAUAGAGGAUUUACGAACCAGGCAUCAGAUGGAUUCUGUGGCGCUUAGCCUAUCCAUGCCCACUCUGACUCUGAAAAUGCCCAAUGGACUGGAUAGGCCAGCACUGUCUCCACCUCUGGCAAGGCUACCCAUUCACUACCUAGAGAUGGACCUUGAGGACCCUUUUGCAUUCAAUGAGGAGGAAGAUGACUUGAAGAAAGGUGUGGCAGUUAAAAAGAAACUGCAGAGCAAACUCGUCCAGAACCAGCAGCGUCUGAAAGAGGCAGAGGUUAUAAAACUAAAUCUUGAGCACUUUAGACAACCCUCUGCACCUUCUCAGCAACCACAGCAAACACCACAACCACCACUGCUUUUGCCUCAGGCAUCACAACUGCCACCAUUGCAGCAGCUGAACACCCACCCCCCUUGUUUGACUAGUCCUUCCAAAGCUGCUGGAUUAUCCCAAGUCAUAGAUUCUAAGCCAUCUCAACCUCAGAACACCAGCCAGCCAACACAGGGAUCAUGCCAUGUCACACAAACUGUAGCACAUGUCAGCCAGUCACCAAGCAAAAAAACACCUCUUCCACACCCUUCUUCUCCAUUGUUACUGCAUCCACCUGCUGCAGUUGCCGACUCUUCUAAGCCAGAAAAGGUGGUCAUCAAAGCUGCAAACUAUACUCGACACUCAACCUGUGUAAGCAGGUUACAGAAACUUUUGAAGCUCUGCUUGCAGAGGCAGCAACUAAAUUGUGAUCUUUUCCCACAUUUAGGCCUAGAUUGGUCUGAAGAUAGCUCAGAGGAAUUGGAUGAUGCCGAGCGAGUACCACCAUUCCAGAAUUCCUGGCCAUUACAAGAGGCAUACUUGCAUGACAGAAAUGAUUCAGAAGAUGAAGCAAGAAACUCAAGAGUGAAUCGACUCUGCACAUAUUUGCAACAGAAAUAUAAACAUCUAUGCCAUCUGGAGCGGGCUGAGUGUCGCCAGAAGAGAUGCAGGCAUGCCUUUCGAAAGGCACUUCUUCAAGCAGCCAGCAGGGAGCCAGAGUGUGCUGGAGAGCUUAUCCAGAAACUCAAGAUGGUGAAGGAUGUUCAUCCAAGUGUAAGGCAUCCAGAGUCAAGAGAGAUGAACUCCACAUCUUGUAUUACUGGCACUGCUAGGUGUCAGCAGUGUAGCAGAAAGGCUCUUCCAUUUACAAGGCAUUGUUUUCAACAUAUUUUACUGAAUCGAUCUCAGCAAUUAUUUUCAAGUUGCACAGCCAAAUUUGCAGAUGGCCAGCAGUGUUCUGUUCCGGUAUUUGAUAUAACGCAUCAGACACCAUUAUGUGAAGAGCAUGCAAAGAAAAUGGAUAAUUUUUUACGGGGUGAUAACUCACGCAAAAUUCAGCACCAGCAGCAAAGAAAACCCAGGAAGAAAACAAAACCUCCUGCACUUACCAAAAAACACAAGAAGAGGCGGAGAAAGGGGCCACACAGGCCACAGAAACCUAUUCCUCCAGCACUACCACAGGGAAACCUCUGCAUGCCCUCUAGCCUCACACUGUCUGUUAAAACCUCUAUCAUCAGCCAUAGGAGCCCUUCUACACCUGAUCUGAGUACAGAUGAACUUCCUGAUGACAUCACUACUGACAUUGCAGACAUUCCAAAUGAUCUGGAAUUGAAUCAUGAAGACUUUUCUGAUGUAUUACCUAGAUUGCCUGAUGAUCUACAAGAUUUCGACUUCUUUGAAGGUAAGAAUGGUGAGCUUCUACCUACUACAGAAGAAGCAGAAGAACUGGAAAGGGCUUUGCAGGCCGUCACAUCAUAUACAGCUUCACUGGAAUGCUUAAGUACUAUGGCAGACCUGACACAGUCAGACAGUGUAGCCGUUGAGGAGCUUUCAGACCGUGAGAUGGGUGUGUUUUCCACAGCUACAUCAGCUGCUAGCAUACAGUCUUUAAGCCAAGAGGUUAACAAUGAGCUGGGUGAGCUACUCAAUGGAAGGAUAUCUACUGAAAAUUUUUCCAGUCUAGAACUGGAUGAAAAUCUUCUCCAUCCAUCCACUUUGUCAAGCACAUCUGUACCUUUAGCUGGACAGAUCCAAGGUCACUUUCCUCCUCCAGUCAGUGUCAGCCUUACUUCUGCUAAUCGAAUCACCCAGAGCACACUUGAUGAGAGGACGUUUUCAGCACAGUUUCAUGGACUUCACGAUGGUAGCCACACUUCUCAAAGGACACAUUCUGCCCAGUUACUGGGUAAAGCAGAGGACCUGCUUAAUUCACAUCAGCAAUAUAGUAGUAACCACUCCUCUCCUCAUGGAAGUCAAUACAGUAGUGAGCAUGUGCCAUCUCCCUACAGUGACCAGAUCACCUCACCCCAUGGCACAUCUUAUUCCGGGGACAGUCUUGCAGCUACCUUCACAUCUGAGGUCCCACUUAUGGCACAGCACAUAAUACCAUCACAGCUUGAAGGGACGCUUAGUGGAGUGGUAAAUUCCAGGACUCCGUGGGGGAGCCUCCCAGUUAAUCUUAGUGACUCAGCAUCGUUUAAUAACCUCAUUGAAGCUGAAGGGCAUCUUCUUUCUACAUCCCUUUCCACACCACCAUCCACUUCUCACUCUGAAACAGUCCAACCCACAUUUGUCAAAGUAACAUCAAAUAACUGUAGUGUGCACCCAAGUCAGCCCCAACAGAGUUUUAGUUCUGCCAUUUUGGAGACAGCUGUUCCCUCUGAUAUUGCAGCAUCUAGCUCAUCCAAGCAACAGCCUCUUCCUCAGUUCAAUGCAACCUUUGGUCCUCAGCUGACAUCACAUACUGGUAUUCCCAAGGAUUUGCAGCCACCUCUUAGCUCUGUAGCACCUGUCACUGGACUUACAGUGGCAGGUGUUACAACCACAGAUUCAUGUAGUGUGUCUGCCUCAUUCACCACCCAGAGCUGAGAGUUUGUAUUUUUCCCUGUAUGCUUGUGCAUGUGUGAGAGACAAACAUUAAGAGUUGGUAUUGUUCAUACUUGAGCUCUGUUUAUAUCUUGUGGCUGGGGGAGAUCAGCUGUUAUGUGGAAUGGUAUUAAUGUGAGAAUGUUUUUACUGGGAGAAUGGAAUAACUUCUUCUGAAAAAACUCUGCAUAGAUAUUCUUCUUUUAGGCUUGCUGGAGAGGUGCAGGAGUAACAGCUUCAUGAUUUCACUGAAUUAGAAUCACCAGGUAAAUGCCUUUAAGAAUUUUACGGGACCACUGUAGAUCAUGUAGGCGCAAAAAAAGUUUUCUGAUAUUACAGGUAAAAAUUAAUUUCCUUUUUAUUUUGCUUUGCAAUAACCACAUACAUUGAAAGGCAAAUAAUUGUUUUUAAUUGUAUAGGCUGUGGAAUACAAGAGUAAAGGCACCAUAAUUUA